AUGGGAGAGCCCCCCGGGGCAAACACACCACAGCUGAAAGAAUACCCCACAGUUUAUUCUCAAAGACAGCGAAACAGAUGGAAACAAACUGCAGAGCUUAGGAAUAUUGCCAAAAUCCAAACGCCAGACAACAUUAAAGCUAAAUCUAGACUUAAAUCAAGUAUAAACGUGAGUAAAAACACAAUUUGGGCUCUAACAUCAGAUAAUACUAACCCAGGGGUCAAUUACCCGAAACAGGGUGAACCCCUGGCCAAAAUUUCGCCGGUUCGACCUACAAAUGACCCUCAAACACUUCUUGAAGAAGUAUACGGAAAUCUAGACGAAUCCUCCAGCUCAAAUGAGAGCAUGGAUACAACCAUUAAACCGGCCACGGCAGAAUGCCCCCAGGACCCACACAACCUCAUAGAGCAUACAGACCCCAAAAUAAUAAUCCUCUCUAAUAAUAAAGUCGAAGAAAGCAGCAAAAAUGCAAAUUACCUAUCCGAAAGUUCGGAAAAUUCACACAAAAGUUUGGAGAAUCUACACAAAAUCAAAGACAACAUUCACAAAAGUCUAGAAAACAUAGAACAUAAAGAAACACCCCAUCCUAAUCUGAAUCGCACAGCGAGCGACGAUAAAUCAGAGGAGUACAUGGAUGCGGACGACAAAGCACUCUCCCCCCCCCGCAGAAGGAGGGGAAAUGAGAAAGAAGAUCAUCAUAAAGUUUUAAAAAACAUUCAGGAGGAAAAAAUCGCGUAUCACACAUACACGACAAAAGAAGACAAAUCUCACGCGUUUGUUCUCAGGGGAUUAGCCAUGGGUACAAAAAUACCAGAUAUUGAGGAGGACCUGGACUCCCAGUACGAAAUCAAAACAAGAAAUGUGUUUUUAAUGAACACCAAAAAUCGUCCACUGUUCUUGGUCGUAACAGACCCGUCGUUGACACUGGAUUAUCUCAACAAAAAUGUUAGAAUAAUAUUACACACGAGAAUAACGUGGGAACUACGUAAGAGUAUGAAACAGAUAAUCCAGUGUCACAAUUGCCAAAAAUGGGGACACGCAACGACAAACUGCGGUAGACCUCCGCGCUGCCUAAAGUGCGCAGGGGAACAUCUAACGAGAACCUGUAUGAAAUCAAGAGAAACCGCAGCCAAAUGCGCCAACUGUGACGGUGAGCACCCGGCGAACUACAGUAAGUGCCAGGCUUACCUUGAAAGACUGGAAAGACUAGAGGAUAAGAGAAAUAUGUCAAAACCCACUAAGUACAUACAAGCACCACCCCCAAAAAUAAAUGCUUGGGAAGCCAAAAAAAGACAGGUGCCAGGAAGAGAAAAAUUCCCGGAGCUGCGAAGCAGAGGCCAAUACAACACAAACGCGCAAACAAACCCCUCCCAAUCAACAAUAAACCCCUCCCAAACAACAUUACGGCCAAAUCCCCCUCCUAGACCCAAUCCCACCAACCCAAAUGGCAACCCUGAUGAUUUCCAGGCAUUGAACGCUGAGCUUACAGAACUUAACAGGGAUGACGAAAUCCCCAAAGAACAACCCGCCGAAACCUUAUUCACAAAGAGAGCAACGGAAAAGGAAGAAAGCAGAAAAGCUUUGUCACUAAACACAGAGAGACGGAGGUCCUCUGGCUCCUCCAACAGCCCCAGAAGCCCACCAACCCUCAAGCUUAAAAGGAGCAUCCAUCACUCCUAUAAGCAUGUGAGUACCCCCAAACCCAGAGAACACAAAUCAAAUUCUUCCAGGGAUAGUAGGGACUCACAUUCAAGAUCAUCAAAAAGUCACGAUAAAGAGGGGAAAAAGACCUCUAGAUCAGGAACUAGCAAAGAUAGGGAAAAACAGGCAUUGAUAACGCCGAUUUGCACCCAACUUCAACUAAUGACGAGGGAAAAACCGUGAAAUUCAACACGGAAAAUUUUCAUCUAAAAAACAUGGAUAACAACAAAUUUUAC